AUGGUAGGGGAAGAUGGUAGAACCACCCCAUUGUCAACCAAUUCCAAUAAUAACCAUAUGGGACGCAAUAGCCCUCCUUUGGACAAUCUACAUAAUGAGAAUGGAGUCUUACAAGGAAAUGGAGCUUCAAGACCAGAAGAAAUAUCUUUCCAGAAUGCUAAUUGUUUUGGUAGACAAAAUUGCGAUGAUGGAACCGAAUGUGAGUGGUCGCCCAACAGCAGUAAAUGUAACGGCAUCAAUAAAAGAAGGGAAGAUCAUAAAAUUUAUGUUCGGGGCGUCAGUUCGCAGUGGAAUACAAACAGGAACAAUAAAAAAAAAGAUGUUGUACGACAACAACAAAUCAAUAGCAAUGUCGAGGGUGAGAACUAUACCGAUAUUACAAUGGUGCCAUUCGAAUGUUGCCCAAACCAGGAGGGAAUCCAAUCGUUGCAACUAUCCUUGGGGCAACUGCGCCGAAUCGGUGCCUUGGCGGGCAAUGCAUGGACGAAAGAGAAGCCUAAGACACCGUGUCGGUUUGUGGUCCCGAACGUUCAAUCUACAGGAGCAAGAAUUCCGGAAACCAUGUGUCAUGUGCCAAAGGGUGAAAAGCAGGAUGAAUCUCGAGAAGGUCGCAAGAUUCCGGAAAAUCCAUUUAUGUUAGUCGAAAUGAUCGCAAAUAAAAAAGAUCGUAAACGCGUUGCAAAUUAUCUUAACUGCUAUGUGGAAGGUGGGGAUCCUUCUACUCGUAUAUGUUAUAUGGAAAUGGUUAAACAGUAUGGUUUUGAUCAUAUCAUUAUCAUCGGAAAAUGUUACGCUGGAAUUCUUUUCCUGGACUGCUACGGUCGUGUGUUCGAAUGGGAAUCAAUGUGUGAUGUCUUAUGGUCACUUGGGGAUUAUAGGAAUGAGGCGACAAAGGAGUCUCGGAAUAGCCGUGUAAUAUGGGGUUUAGAGUUCGAUGGGACUAUUGUUGAAUUUGAGGACGUUAAGGAUGAUUCACCAAAUGAACCAACCCCACAAAAAUGA